AUGGUUAUCAUCGCUGUUGGUACCGUUAUUUCGACUGUGGUCUACAUCAUGAUCUACUUGAAACAGAGUUAUAAUCUUCCGAAAUCAAUUGUCAACAUGCAAAGUAUGCUCAUUCUAAGUCUAUUCAUUCAGGUUCAGCUUUUGCUUCAAUAAAGGCUUCAAUUUUUCGAAAUUACAGGCAGGCAACAGUGCACGCGGUUCUCAUUGCUGCUCCGAUUAUAGUCUUCGUCUACGCUCGGUUCGCGGUUCUCACUAGUGACAGCCAGUUUUCAUGCUCUCUUGCCCCCACGUCUACCUUCUUCAGAUCUCGGACUCACGAUGGUCGUCUGUCUCACCCACCACGGCUUCGUUUCCACGUGUGCCAUGAUCCUCUUCACGAAGCCCGUCCGUGAUAAACUUUUCUGUGUGCGACAACACGACCGGAAGGGGAAAUUGUCCGUACAACCUACCAUUUCCUUUGUGCGCACUAAUGAAUGAUUCCGAAGUUUUUGUUCGUCCGAAUGAAAUUAAGGGGCGCGCAAAACUUUUUGAGCAAAUCCUUUCUCACAAUUUGAUUUGCAUCCGCCACAAACUCUUUUCCACAUAAAUCUGAAAAGAGAGGCGGUAAACAGAUGAAAUUGCUCAUUGGCCACAACUUGAUGGAAUCCAGAGAUUGCACGCUUUCCGCUCCUAUCAUCUACAAGUAAGUUAUGAUUUCUCUAACGCAUAAUGAAUUUCCUUCUAGAACAGUCAUGCAAGUGUCUCAUUCCAUCAGUUACCCGACUUACUUGGCCGUUCUGUGGAUUCUGAUCCGAGAAAGAUCGAAACCAUUCCAAAAGUACAAAUACUAUCUCAUUGUGCACAUUCUCAUGUAACCCAGUAAACUCGAACCGUUUUUCCAAUUGGCCAAUUUCAGAAACAUGGCCUCAGAAACGUACGUCUCCUUUCUCAUGCUUCCGAUGACAUAUUUGCCGCACAUGGCAUUCAGAAACACUGGAAUUCUCUCUCGUUUCGGGUUCAGCGGCAUUUUACAAUGGUACUUUCUCGCAACUAUGGUCAUGCGUGAGUUCACAAUUUGCUCUCUCAUUUCGAGAAAUUAUUUCAGUGACAGGUGGAUCUAUUUGCGAAAUGUUCUAUUAUCGUUUCAGAGUGAGCAUAUUUGACUUCAGGGAUCACAAAAUGUCGAAAUUCCUCCUUUCCUCCUUUUGGUCGUACCGUUUAUUGACAGUGGGACACGCGGUGUUCGCAAGUUGCACAAUCGGAAGAAGCAUUGAAUUGCAGGAGACUGCGAGGGUUCAACUCUGGCUGGUAGUGCUCUUCUGGAAUUAGAAAAAACUAUUCCAAAGUUCAGAGCUAUCCAUCGCUGCCUCCCGAGAUCACUUGUUAUUCCGUCGUCUUUGCAAUCCCUCAAUGGAUCAACUUGACCGUAAUGCUCAUUUACUUUCUGAUGACUCUUCUGGCGGUUUCUUCUGUGAUUUGCUCGGUCAUUUACAUGAAAAUCUACCUGAAGAAUGGAUAUACCCUCUCCGCAGCCACCGUUCGCAUGCAAAGUAUGCUCAUUCUCAGUCUAAUCGUCCAGGUCUCACUCUCAUUCGGUUACCCUCAUUCAGAGUCGAACUCGACACUUUCAGGCGGUCGUGCACGCCGUUCUCAUUGCUGGUCCGAUUAUUGUCUUCAUCUACGCACGCUUUUCAGUGCUCACCAUCGACAAUUUGGGUCUCGCGGCGGUAGUCUGUGUCACUUAUCACGGAUUCUUCUCAACUUGUGCAAUGAUUUACUUCACGAAACCAGUACGAGAGGCGUUGUUCUGCCGCUGCUGCUCGAAGGGAAGAAGAUCGGUGAAGAGCGUGAUGUCUGUGCAGCCAUCAGUGUCCGCUCAAGGAUCCAUUGGCAAAGAUCAGAAGCUGUAA